GUAGCGGCAGUGGCUCGGCUUGUGUCAGGUGCUAGCUCCCGGCCCCCCAACCCUGCAGAAGAACACCAUAUAUCCGCCGUAAUAACUCUCACCUUACUGAUAACAUAACCGCUUGAUAACGGCCAUUCUUAAGUGAUACACAUUUUGCGUGUUAUAAAAUAUUCUCAUGAACGCCUGGCGUAGUAAGGCCAGGCUAGCUGUCGUACGCCAGCCUUGAUAGUGACGAACACUGUCAUCACCAUACUCUUCUCACCAUACAACUCUGACGGAGAAAAAUCACCAUUAAUGAACGGUGUUCAAAGGCAUCACAGAGCUCAUAUAUCCGUGCACUGAUUGCUCAGCUACGCCUAGUGAACUGUUCAUCUCUUGUUCAUUAUAUCCGGCUGAACAGCGAGGAUGUGGGAGAGGAGAUAGUGAACACUUAGUGGGGCCGAACAGAACAGUUGGGCAUCACGCUGAGUCCUUCACACGUAUUCAAGACAAGAUGGCGCGCGUGGUUGAGUGUUCAGCCGUGGUGGCGCUGGUGUCGUUCCUGGCCUCCCUCACCCUUGUCACCAGCGAGGCGAACAACACCGAGCAUCUGUCACGUCAGAAGAGGUUGAUCUUCCUGACGUCAGAGCGGCGCCUGACACUGCCGCCCACCACCGCCCUCAUCCUCACGCCCACCCUCAGCCUCCCCCUCGGGAGGAACCUCCCCCUCGGCUACUCCGCCUCCAUGACCAUCUCCGUCCCCUUCAAGAUUGCAUUUGACGACCUUGGCUUGACCUCGGAGGAGAAUCCAUUUGGAUUCUUCCCGUCUUUUGGCCUGUUUAGGAAGAAGCGGGAAGCCUUUACCACUCUGCCUGGCAUCAAUUGGGCUGGAGGCGACAGGGAGAUGAUGUACAUGGUGGUGGAAGACACCUUGGACAACAUGGGCAUGAACGGGAAGGCUUGCCUCCUCCGGGCCAUCUGUGAGAUCUUCCAGGUGCCGCUCAUCAACCACGGCUUCUUCGGCGAGGUCCUCGAGCUCUUCUUCAGUGCUGGUCGUUCUCCACAUUCCGAGAAGCGACUCAAGGAAUAUACCUUGGCUGAGAAGGCUGGCAAGACCACUGGAGACUGUAGUGGCUAUCACCACGAGUGCCCGCACUCUCUCUUCACUAACCCCGGAGAGCUCAAGUGGCUAGAGGCUGAGCACUACAAGGACCACUACCCUGAGGACUCCGACAGCGAGACGACGGCAACAGACGAGUCAGAGAGUGAAAACAUUAUAAAUGACGAGUAUCCCUCGCAAUCUCAAGAUAAUGUAUCUACUGAGAAAACCAAAAAGACGAGGAGAAGGUUUAAAAAAUCUUGCGAUUAGUUUUAUAAUAAUGUAUAAAGCGUAUAAAGACGGCAUUCUCUGGUUCGCCUCUAUGAAUUAUGGAACAUUGCCAAAAGGUGAUAAUUGCAAUAGAUUUGGUAAUGUCUUCACACAUUCAUAGCGUGAUCCAGACUCACAAAAAGAGUCCUAUUUUUUCCAUGCAUUAUGCCAUUCUCAGUAUUUCUGUAAUGUGAAUUUGGUAGUGCAAGACUGGCUAGUUAUAAGUUGUCUAUGCGUCGUGGUGUAUAAUAAUGUGGCUUCUAUAAUAGCUGUACAGUCAGCUGGGAUAGUUUAGGAGUGAUUUCGAGUCCCUAGCUGCCCCCAGCCCAAACAACAGCACGGCAGGUAUCAAAGAAAACGUCCAGAGAGUUCACAGAGACCAACCACUCUACCCCGGAUACAACGAACAUGUAAACAUCGACUUGUAAACAAAUAAAUAAUAGUCAUUUUAUUCACACAAUAUACAAUACAUUGGACAUGUUAAAGUGGUGCCACAGUGGGAAAAGAAAUUGUUUAUUGUAUAAAGAAACUAGUUACGCACAGAGUUCUAAAAUAAAUCGUUACACGAGAAACAUUGAUGAUUAUGAGAACAGCAGGAUCGAACCAGCUGUCUGACUAUGGGGUGCGUCUGGGCUGUCCCGGGACGCUAGUUCAAAUUCAAAUUCAAAUAUAACUCGUUCGAUUCCGCCAACCUGCUUCAACAAUAUUCUUAUCAAUAUAAAAUGAAAUCACAUUAUUGUGAUUUAAGUGUAUAUUAAUAAUUAUAGUUUUGACUUUCAAAAUCAUGUGCAUAAAUUAAAGAAAAAAUAAAAAAAGAAAAAUGUUGAGCUUCCAUUUAAAUUAGUGUUAUAGGCCAUAUGGUGCAAAGUAAUUCAGACUGCAACAGACACGGAUUUUAAAUAUGAAGUAUUUGUCCAACUUGUUAAUUAAUGUAUCCGGUUUUACUCUCUAUUAUGUCUAGUGGUGAACUAUAUCGUGCAUUAACCACUUGAUCCAAGAAAAGUAUUUUUAGUGCUAAAAUAUCUCAUACUUUUACUAUUUGAUCCAAGAAAAGUAUUUUUAGUGGUAAAAUAUCUCAUAAUUUUACUAUUUGAUCCAAGAAAAGUAUUUUUAGUGGUAAAAUAUCUCAUAAUUUUACUAUUUGAUCCAAGAAAAGUAUUUUUAGUAGUUAAAAUAUCUCAUUUUUUUACCACCUGAUCCAAGAAAAUUAAUUUGCCUCGCUACAUUGUUUAAUCUCCGAAUCUCCGUGUAAAUUGUCAUGUUCUAUAUAUCCCUGACUGGUUCAGUAUGUAUUUUUGUAAUAUAAAAUGACCGUCUACAAGUUGUUUUGAUGUGAUACAAAUAGGAAUAUAUAAUUGUUUGUAUACCUAAUCUCAGUGCUAAAUGUAAGACAGGUUGUAUAAGUUUUCAAAAUUUGUAUAACAGUUUUACAUUUGGAUAAUACAAGCCCAUCGUUCAAAAAUGGCAGUAUCUAUAGCUACUAUGGUAGAGUGUACCAGAUAUUAACUCUUGUAAACACACACAAACAAAGGACAAUGUUUUGAACUAUUGAGAUUCUUAAAAGCUGAAAUAGACUAACUAUAGAUCUAACCAAACCUGUCCUGGGUCUAUGUAAUUGAUCUUAAACCUAAUUUAGUACAUAUAUAUGUAUAUGUAUAGGUGUAGAAAGAGUGUUUUUUCCGUGCCGUGUUUUUCGAGCAUUAUUUGAUUUAAGUGUACAAAAUGGACUUCUUCUUUUUUUUUAGUGUAAACGCUCUCCAUAUUCUAAACACUCCAUCCAUAGUGGCUAUACUGUGCAUACUGUUAUUUUUGGAGGAGAGGUGGAAAUAAAAAGCAGCAUUUGCCUCAGGAAUCUCCCGGCUAAUUCGUAGAACAGGCAUAUCUUAUCGUGUGUUCAAGGCUUUGGUGGCAUUUUUUAUUUUUUUUUUAAUCUUGGGCAUCAUAUUUACUGAAUAUUAUGUGGUGUAAAAAAAAAUGUAUGUAAACAGCUAUUCCAUAUUUUGUCUUGAAUGGUGAAUGCCAGUCGUGUAUACAUAUACAGUGACGUGUGUGUGUGUGUGUGUGUGUGUGUGUGUGUGUGUGUGUGUGUGUGUGUGUGUGUGUGUGUGUGUGU